AUGGCGCAAAUGCUCCUCGACGUGCUCUACUCCUUCGGGAACUGCCUGAACUGCUUCCCCGGCUCGCCGACGCUCAAGAUUAACAACCGCAACUUCAAGAUCCUCCGCCUUCUGGGCGAGGGCGGCUUCUCCUACGUGUACCUCGUCCAAGACACCCAGACCUCGGAAGAGCUCGCCCUCAAGAAGAUCCGCUGCCCCUUCGGCGCCGAAUCCGUCGCCCAGGCUAUGAAGGAGGUUGACGCCUAUCGCCUCUUCGCCCGGUCUCCCGGCAUCAUCCACAGCAUCGACCAUGCCAUUGCCACCGAGCGCGGCGGCGAGCCCGGCUCCAAGACCGUCUACGUCCUGUUGCCCUACUACCGUCGCGGCAACCUCCAGGACCUCAUCAACGCUAACCUCGUCAACCACACCGCCUUCCCCGAGCGCAGGCUCAUGCUCCUGUUCCUGGGCGUCUGCAAGGCGCUCAGGGAGAUGCACCAUUAUACCGGCGGCGGCGGUGGUGGGCGCGGGCAACCCGGCAUCGAGAGGAUGGAGAUGGGCAACGGCGAUGAGGAAGACCAGGGUAACGGCCCCAAGAGGAAGAAGAGCGGGAAGAACAAGGGCGGCAAGCGCGUCGCGAGCAUGGCCGCCGCCACAGGCGCCGACGAUGAGGACGAGAACGAGCAGCAGAGGCCGCUGAUGGAGGGCGAGACGCCCGGGUCCGGCGACGUCAAGUCGUACGCGCAUCGGGACAUCAAGCCAGGAAACAUCAUGAUCGACGACUCGGGCUCGAACCCGAUCCUCAUGGACCUCGGCUCCAUCGCACCCUCCCCGAUCCCCAUUACCUCACACUCCCUCGCCAUCGCGACGCAGGACACGGCCGCCGAGCACAGUACGAUGCCCUACCGCGCCCCGGAGCUCUUUGACGUCCAAACCGGCACUGUAAUUGACACAAAGGUCGACAUCUGGUCCCUCGGCUGUACCCUUUACGCCUGUCUCGUCGGUAAGUCCCCCUUCGAAGCCCGCUCCGACGAGACGGGCGGCUCCCUCAGCAUGUGCGUCCUCGGCGGCGACUGGCGCUUCCCCGACGAGGGCAUCAAGCGCACGGGUACCAGCGGCGGCAUGAGGGGCCAGGCCGCCGCCGCCGCCGCCGACCCGGGCGCCUCAAGCGCCGGUGAGGUCAAGAUCAGCGAGUCCAUCCGCGACGUUGUCCGCAAGUGUCUCAAAGUCGAGCCGGCCGAGCGCCCGGAUAUCAACGAGCUCAUUGACAUUGUCGAAGGCGUCAUCGAGGAGUUGCCUCAAGAUGGGUCUCUGUGA